UGACUUCAACAGUUUCCAAGUUGGGAAAACUUGGUUCGGGUGUGGGACUGCGUUUGAUUUAUCUCCGCCGUUGGCGCACAAUGUCGUGACCGAGAGCAGAAAUGAAGCGCGUUUGACUUCGGCCUAGUUCAGUUGGCGUGAGCGCCUGUUUUGGCAGCCGGAGCUCAUGGAUGUGCGCGUGUAUUUGUCUGGCUUCGGUUUCAGCCACACUGCGGCGACUGGCGUUCUCUCCACCCGCGCUUGUUGACGUUUCUUGGGGUGAAUGUGGCGCUGAUAGGUCCCGGUCCUGCUGCAAUGCUGCUCCUGCAGCUGCUUCCGACUGUCAACUAGUCCCAGCCGGCUCCGGUUUCCAGGUCCUCGAUGGCUCACUGCGCCGCCACAGACCCGAAGGUACCCGCUCUGCAAUCGCAGGGCGCCGUGGAUCAGAGCAUGAAGCCGGUGCUGUUCGAGAUAUUCGGCGAGAUGUGGAGCGUCCACUCGCGUCUCGGCCAGGGGGUGUCGGCCUCCGUGUACCGGGUCAGCUCCGGCCGAGCCGCCAACGCCGCCGUCAAGGAGUUCCAGGCCGACCCCCGGGGGGAGGACUACGGCUUCCACAAAGAGAGAUCCGUCCUGGAGGCCAUCCAGGGUCACAAGAACAUCGUGACUCUGUAUGGUGUUUUCACCAACUGCAACUACAUGGACGUAGCAACCCGCUGUCUUCUGUUGGAGCUGCUGGACAUCAGUGUGUCUGAGCUGCUGGUACGAGCGGUUGGGAGCAGCCAGAGUGGACACAGACCCCAGCAGGGCCACUCCUUGUGGCUGGUGCAGCGUUGUGGCCGAGACAUCCUGGAGGCUCUGGCCUUCCUCCACAGAGAAGGCUUUGUCCACGCCGACCUCAAGCCUCGCAACAUCCUGUGGAGUGCAGACGACGAGUGUUUUAAACUCAUCGACUUUGGUCUGAGCUUCAAAGAAGGAAACCAGGAUGUGAAGUACAUCCAGACUGAUGGGUACAGAGCACCAGAGGCGGAGCUACAGAACAACCUGGCCAAAGCUGGUGUGGAGCUGGAGGGGGACUCGGGCUGUACAUCGGCAGUGGAUCUGUGGAGUCUUGGUGUCAUCCUGCUGGAGCUGUUCUCAGGAAUCAAACUAAAAGACACCAUCCGCUCUCAGGAGUGGAAGGACAACAGUGCCGCCAUUGUCAACCACCUCUUUGCCAGCAACAGGCUGGGGUCCCCUGCCAUCCCCGUCUAUCACCUGAGGGACCUCAUCAAGAGCAUGCUCCACAAGGAGCCCCAGCAAAGGUGCACUGCCCUGUCUGCACUGAUGAACCCCUUCUUCAGUAUUCCCUUUGCUCCUCACAUCGAAGACCUGGUCCUGCUGCCCUCUCCUGUUCUGCGUCUGCUUAACCUGAUCGACGACAGCCACCUGCACAAUGAAGAAGAGUAUGAAGACAUCCUUGAAGACAUGAAGGAGGAGUGCCAGAAGUACGGCUCAGUGGUUUCUCUGCUCAUACCCAAAGAGAAUCCAGGGAAAGGACAGGUCUUCGUGGAGUUCAUCAACUCCAGCGUAUCCAAAGAAGCUCAAAGGAGGCUGACAGGCCGCACCUUCGAGGGAAAGUUGGUGGUGGCCACCUUCUACCCCCUGAGUGCCUACAGGAGAGGUUACUUGUACCAGACGGUACAGUGAAGCUGCGGCCUCCCUGCAUGCUUUCCAUAUCGAUUCAUUCAGACUGCUCCAGCCUCUUCAUGCCAUCUAUGCAACCGAUGAUGCCAAAUUACAAUCCCACUUCACCGUCAUCAGCAAGGUGUGACGUUCAGCAGACAUUUGUAGAUUGCUUUAACUUGUGUUUUAUUUUUUGAUGCAGCGAGCGUCAGUUAAGACAAGUUCAGAGCGCGGGGUGUUUUAUGCUGUGUUUGUAAUAGUCUGCACACUUGGCCUGAACAGCAGUGGGAGGGAUGUCAAACUCUCCAGUGUCCUAAGAGCAGAGCAAUCCCCCGUUUUACCGGGGACAAGAGAAUGGGUAGGAGUAGCAGCGCCACCUUGAGAGAAGACAAUCAAACGUGAAAAUAAGGGCAGCCUUAACAUUAGCUAAAGAGAAUCAUGGCCACUGUGGAGGGAUUUCCCAGUGGACUGCCUCAUCUAGAAAGCACAGGGUCGCCCCCUUGUGGCUGUAAAAGAUACCACUGGCACUCGUGUGAAUACUUGGUUGAAUUUGCCUUAGUCGCCUGAAGUGACUUGAAAGAUUUCUGAUGAAUCGCGGAUGUUUUUCUGGUGAAUCCACACAACGUUGCUGUCACCAGUGUUGACAAGAAUCGCGUGGAAAAACCCAAUCGUGACUGCUCGUAUCCAAAUGCAACACUAUUGAGGAAGUGCACCUCAUGCUUUUAAUGCGACCGACCACCAUUAGCGUUUCUAAAGACCAAAGAGUCACGUGAUCAAACUCAAUUGAACAUGGCUUCACAAGUGGAUCGAAAGACACCAGGGUAGCGUGAGCGCAGCUUUAGGUUGACUGUGAUUGAUGAGUGUCAGAGUGUAUAUUUAUUAGUGUGUAUGUGUGUGUGUGUUAACCACGAGCUGUUGAUUUGUGGUGACCUUAAGGAAGCCAUGUGUUUUAUCCAAGCUGAGUCGCUGGAGAGGAGUGUCUGUCACGCAGUCACAUGAGGCCUUAGAAUCGGAGAAUUCUUCCAUCAGACAAACUAAGUGAGCGUGUGUUUACAAAACGGUAUUGGUGCCAAAGUGUUUGCAAUGUUGACGUUACUGAUGUGAGAUGCACAGCUGUGGAAGAGUGUGUUUGAAAGCCAUAUGGUGGAGAAGUUUGCACUUUCCAUUUUCACCACAGAGUCACUACUGAACACUUCCUGCUCGUCUCAAUAAAGUU